AGUAAGCGGGUUGAGGGCCACGAAAUUGGAGAGGGGUGGGGUGUUAGAGAGCCGGAGACUAGGUCUAGGUAUUGGUGGGUGACAGAGUUGCAGGGGAGUCUGGACGGAACUGCCGUGGGAAUUGUCCCGCCUUCUAGAAAUGUAACUGUGGCCAGGAGUCCCGAUUGGCCUGGCGCAGUCUCUGAACUAGAAACUGAUGUCGGGUUCUCUGGGCAGAAGGGGGGGGGGGGGGGGGGGGGGGGGGGGGCUGCCCUGAUCCCUGGUGAGUGGUGCUAGAGGAGGGCCCAAGGCCUUGGUCUGACUUGGCUGCUAUAUCCCGUGGUGGCGUGGUCAAGGCCCUUUUCCUCUCUUCAACCCGCUUUCCCCUUUUGUAACGGUUGGAUUGCAUCACCGACUCAAUGGACAUGAGUUUGAGCAAACUCUGGGAGUUGGUGAUGGACAGGGAAGCCUGGCCUACUGCAGUCUCUGGGGUCGCAAAGAGUCGGGUAGGACUGAGCGACUGAACUGAACUGAAGGUGCAGUCUACCAUGCCUUCUCUCAGAAGGAGGCAAAAGAGUUCGACGUUCAGCACAUGGGAGCCCAGCGGGCCGAGGCCUUCGUGAGGGCCUUCCUGAGGCGGAGCAUGCCCCGCAUGAGCCAGCAAGCCCUGGAGGACCACCUGCAACGCAAGGCCGUGGUCCUGGAGUACUUCACUCACCGGAAGCAAAAGGAAAAGAGAAAGAAAUCUAAAGGCCUUUCUGCCAAGCAGAGGAGGGAGCUGCGGCUCUUUGACAUUAAGCCAGAGCAGCAGAGAUACAGUCUUUUUCUCCCUCUACAUGAACUCUGGAAACAGUACAUCCGGGAUCUAUGCAACGGCCUCAAACCAGACACGCAGCCACAGAUGAUUCAGGCCAAGCUUCUAAAGGCAGAUCUUCACGGCGCUAUUGUUUCAGUUACAAAAUCCAAGUGCCCCUCCUAUGUGGGUGUUACAGGGAUCCUUCUACAAGAAACAAAGCACGUUUUCAAAAUUAUCACUAAAGAAGACCGCCUGAAAGUUAUCCCCAAGCAAAACUGUGUGUUCACCGUGGAGAUCGAUGGCUUUAUUUCCUACAUUUAUGGUAGCAAAUUCCAGCUGCGGUCAAGUGAGCGGUCUGCAAAAAAGUUCAAAGCCAAGGGAACAAUUGACCUGUGAGCUGUUACUGCCUAAGGGGAUUAUUUAUGCCAGCCAAAGACUGGAAACAUCCGCCUUUCAGGGAAGAGAUGGUCAGGCCAGUUCUGGUUAUAGACCACUUCCAGCCAGUUUAAAUCAGCGUUAAGGACAUUUAGUCUUCUGGGGAGAAGCACACUGUACUGAGCACAGAAUUCAGGGACCAGAGGGAUGUGUCGUUACAGAUGCUCUCGUUUUCCUGUUACUCCCAUGGAAAGAAAAGAUUGGCAGGAAGCACCAGGAUUAACACAAGUUGACCUAAACAGUUUGUUUGGUUUUUCCUUUUCAUACUUUUCUGUUUUCAGAAAGCUGUUUGAUAAGUCAGUAGCUUGUGUGAUAAAGCAUGCGUGUGGGCG